AUGUCGGAAGAAGAGUUCGUCAAUAGAUUUAGAAACUUCGGCUUGUCUGAAAAAAAGACAGCGGAGAUAGUGAAGAACAAGAAAGUGUCUCAGUCAUUAUAUGAAAUAAUAGGCGAGACCAAGGAGCUGAGUCUUGAUGACAAAAAAACAUCAUUAUUACAUCAUCUUGCAACAGAAAGUAAAGGAAUAGAGAUCCCAAAGCGUGAAAUUGUUACAGAAGCGAUAACAGAUGGUCGUUUAAAAACAAAUUUACAAGUGACUGAAGCCACUAAGUACGUAAAAGGAAAUCCUAAUUCUGCGAAUGACAAAGAAAUGAGCGAAGUAUCAGGAAUUGGGAAAGAGAUUUCUCCCGAACAAGUGAAAUCUGAAAUUUCAAAGUAUAUGGCCUCUCACAGGGAUGAAAUUGAAGCAAAACGAUAUUCUGGUGUCCCGAGUUUGUUAGGAGAAGUCAAAAAGAUCCCUUCAUUAAAAUGGGCUGCUCCUAAUCUUUUUAAACCUAUAAUUGAUGAAUUGGUUUUGAAAAUGCUUGGACCGAAGGAUGAGAGAGACAUAAUCAAAAAAGAAAAGAAGAAAGGCAAAAAGCAAAGCGCAUCAGCAAGUAAGAAAUCAUCUGAUAAAGAAAGAUCGAUGUUUAGUGAAGGAUUUUUAGGAGAUUUGCACAAACCGGAUGAAACUCCGCAAAUGUAUCCGGAGUUAUUAAAAGAGCAGUUAGCUAUUACCAAGGGUAAGGUCUUCACCAGGUUUCCACCAGAGCCUAAUGGCUAUUUGCACAUUGGUCAUUCAAAGGCAAUCAUGGUUAACUUUGGCUAUGCGAGUUAUCAUGAUGGGAAUUGCUACUUAAGAUUUGACGAUACGAAUCCUGAGGCAGAAGAGGAAGUCUACUUUAAAUCGAUCGAAAGUAUCAUUGACUGGCUUGGAUACAAGCCGUGGAAAAUAACUUACUCUUCAGACUACUUUGAUCAGUUAUAUGAGCUUGCAGAGAAACUAAUUUCAAAUGAUAGAGGAUACGUAUGCCACUGUACUGCAGAGCAAGUAAAAGAGCAGAGGGGGUUGAAAUCAGAUGGAACACUAGGUGGGGAAAGGUAUGCAUGUUCUCAUAGAUCUAGGCUGGUGCAAGACAAUCUUACUGAGUUUAGAAAGAUGAAAGAGGGUCAUUAUAAGGUUGGCGAGGCAACAUUAAGAAUGAAACAGGAUCUUUCAUCUCCUUCACCUCAGAUGUGGGAUUUAGUUGCUUAUAGAGUUUUGAAUACGCCACAUCAUAGGACUGGAGAUAAGUGGAAGAUUUAUCCUACUUAUGACUUUACCCACUGUCUAGUAGAUUCCAUGGAACACAUCAGUCAUUCAUUAUGUACGACUGAAUUUAGACUCUCUAGAGAGUCUUAUGAGUGGCUAUGUGAUGUUUUGCAUGUUUACAGACCCGCCCAGAGAGAAUACGGAAGAUUGAAUAUUACGGGAACAAUUUUAUCUAAGCGGAAAAUUGCCAAAUUAGUUAAUGAAGGGAUUGUUAGAGGAUGGGAUGAUCCUCGUUUGUAUACCUUAGAAGCCGUAAGGCGCCGUGGAGUGCCACCAGGCGCCAUUUUAUCAUUUAUUAAUACAUUAGGGGUCACUACUUCUACUACAAAUAUUCAAGCUGUGCGGUUCGAAAGCGCUGUGAGAGCGUAUCUUGAUUCUACGACACCUAGAUUAAUGAUGUUGUUAGAUCCUAUCGAGGUGGAAAUCGAAGGUUUACCAGAGCACUAUGAAGAAUCAAUUGAAAUCCCAUACAAGCCUGGUGCGAAUGAAAAGUUUGGGCUGCGAAAGCUUGCAUUCACUAAAAGAAUAUACAUUGAUAGAUCCGACUAUCGUGAUGACGUGUCGUCAGAAUACUUUAGAUUGGCACCAGGACAACCGGUUGGUCUAAUUAAAGUACCUCAUAACAUCAGCGUAAAAUCUGUCGAGAAGGACUCAAAUGGCAUGGUUUUGAAGAUCAAUGCUAUUUACGAGAAGGAUUCGGAGAGUAAACCUAAAACAUAUAUCCAAUGGAUCCCGAAGAGUGCAUCUGUGAAAAUUGACCAAGUCCGAAUUCACAAUCAACUCUUCAAAAGUGAAAACCCAGCUGCUCAUCCGGACGGCUUCCUCAAAGAUCUUAAUCCAAAUUCAGAGGAGGUUUUCACGACGGCGGUGAUAGAGCCUUCUUUUGCAGCUAUCAGAGCCAAAUCUCCAAUGAACAUUCCGAUUGAAAACUCGGAGUUCAAUAUAAUCGAAAAGCCUGGAAAUCAAACAGUUAGAUUUCAGGCUCUUCGUGUUGGUUAUUUCUGCUUGGAUAAAGAUUCAUCUGAUGAAAAAAUUAUAUUGAAUAGAAUAGUGACGCUAAAAGAAGAUUCGGCUAAGAAUUAG